AAUGUUUUACAAAUUAUAUUUUUUGCUGGUGAAGGUUUGUGAUAGUUGGUAGUGAUCUUUAAAUAAACACGUGUGAUUGCAUUUAGUAAACAUCAAAGUGAUUCGAGUGCAUAGGCCGUAUAACUCUAAUCUGCUUGCCGGAAGCAGCAACCAUGUCUGGCACCGGGGGAGGGAAGCGAGCCUCAGGUGGGGACAGCUCCCCUGGUCCACCUGAGAAGAAGUGUAAAAAAGAGGAAAAGACCACCACCACUCUCAUUGAGCCCAUACGCAUUGGGGGAGUGUCCUCUACGGAGGAGAUGGACAUGAAGGUGAUCCAGUUUAAGAACAAAAAGCUGAGUGAGCGUCUGGAGCAGAGGCAGACCAUGGAGGAUGAGCUGCGGGAGAAGAUCGAGAAGCUGGAAAAGCGACAAGCUACUGACGAUACCACACUGCUCAUUGUGAAUCGCUACUGGUCCCAGUUGGAAGAAAAUGUUCACGUCCUGCGCCAACGCAUUGACCCCACGGUGGUCCCGGCACCCCCCGCUACUCCUGUUUCUACCCCUACCCCGAUGGACGCGGAUGGCAUGAUGAUCCCACCACCCCCUCCCUCAGCCCCACUCCCAGUGCCAGAACCCGAGGAGAAACGGCCUCCACCACCCGACGGUAUGGAGAUAGCCCGUGAACCACAGCAGGAUUCGACAACCGCCCCGCCGCCCACUACUACCAUCAGUGAGAGUACCAAAGUCUUCCUCUCCACUUUGGACAACAGCAGUGAGGAGGAGCUCAGCCUGCAGCUGCGGGACAGGAUGCAGUUCAGCAAGGAGGCCGCUGCCUGCAUGGUCUGCGUCUUCGACAGGCUGCACAGCCGCAUCGACGGCCUAUGCACCCAGAUCCUGUCCUCAGCGUGUGACGAUGACAGCCAGGAAGAGAUGCUCCGUCUGAAUCGUACUCUGCUAGAGGAGAAUGGCAGACUGCAAGACCUGGCCUCCUCCCUGCAGGGCAGACACCACAAGAUGUCUAUGGAGUACAACGAGCUUGUGGAUAAGGUGACAAGCUCGGAGACCAAGGUGUCUGAGAUGGAGACUGCUGUGGAGGAUCUACAGUGGGACAUCGAGAAGCUCCGUAAGAGGGAACAGAAGCUCAACAAGCAUCUGGCUGAGGCAUUGGAGCAGUUGACCUCGGGCUACUACACCACUGGCAGCUCAGGGGGGCUACCCGGUGGCCAGAUCACCCUCAAUAUACAGAAGUUUGAGAGCCUGAAUGCAGAGUUGGAGCAGAACCAGGAGCUGGCCAACAACCGCAUGGCAGACCUGGAGAAACUACAGCAGGAGCUCCAGGAGGCUGUCAGGGAGAGCGAGAAACUCAAGUUGGACCUGAAAAAUAUUCCAGAGGAUGUGGUGAAAGAGACCGCGGACUACAAGUGCCUGCAGUCCCAAUUCUCCCUGCUCUACAACGAGUCUUUGGGGGUGAAGACCCAGCUGGAUGAGGCCCGGGCCCUGCUCCUCACCGCAAAGAACGCCCACCUCCGACAGAUAGAGCACAUGGAGAGUGACGAGCUGUCCCUACAGAAGAAGCUCCGCACAGAGGUCAUCCAGCUGGAAGACACGCUGGCCCAGGUGCGCAAGGAGUAUGAGAUGCUGCGCAUCGAGUUUGAGCAGAACCUGGCGGCCAACGAGCAAGCAGGCCCAAUCAACAGAGAGAUGCGCCACCUCAUCAGCAGCCUCCAGAACCACAACCACCAGCUGAAAGGUGACGUGCAGCGUUACAAGCGGAAGCUCCGAGAAACACAGAUGGAGAUCAACAAGUUGCGGUGUCAGAGUGGUGACACCGGGCUUCUGUCGUUGGAGGAGCCGGUGAGCGACAGCCUGGAGGUGAAGAAAGAGGAGGAUGAAGACCAAGAGGAGGAGGAGGAGAGGAGGAGGGAGCUGGAGAGACAGCGGGCCCGGGAGAGAGAGAGGGAGACUGAGAGGGAACGAGAGAGGGAGCGAGAAAGAGAGCGACAGCGCAGCGAGGAGUUGAAGAGGAAAGAUUCGGACACCCUGAAGAUGCUGAGGGCGGAACUUAAGAAAGCCCAGGAGUCUCAGAAGGAGAUGAAACUACUUUUGGACAUGUACAAAUCAGCUCCCAAAGAGCAGAGGGACAAAGUGCAGCUUAUGGCAGCAGAGCGCAAGUCUAAAGCCGAGGUGGAUGAGUUGCGGGUGCGUGUUCGAGAGCUGGAGGAGAGGGAGAGGAAGGAGAGCAAGAAGCUGGCUGAUGAGGACGCUCUCAGGAAGAUCCGUGUGGCAGAGGAGACAAUCGACCACCUACAGAAGAAGCUCACGGCCACCAAACAAGAGGAGGAGGCCCUACUGAGUGAGAUGGACGUGACGGGCCAGGCCUUUGAGGACAUGCAGGAGCAGAACAGCCGGCUGAUGCAGCAGCUGAGGGAGAAGGACGACGCCAACUUCAAGCUGAUGUCGGAACGCAUCAAGUCCAACCAGAUCUACAAGCUGCUGAGGGAGGAGAAGGAGGAGCUGGCUGACCAGGUGCUCACCUUCAAGACCCAGGUGGAAGCCCAGUUAUUGGUUGUACAGAAGCUGGAGGAGAAAGAGGGCAUCCUCCAGAGCUCACUGACCAAUCUGGAGAAAGAGUUAGGAGUUCGCAUACAAGCACUAGAACUCAACAAGAGGAAGGCGGUGGAGGCAGCCCAGCUGGCUGAGGACCUUAAGGUGCAGCUGGAUCACACCCAGUCCAAGCUGAGGAAGAUCCAGGUAUCUGUGUCUGAGAACCGCAACGCCAGAGAGCGGGAGUUGGGCAACCUCAAAAGAGCGCAGGAGGACCUGUCCAGGCUACGACGAAAGCUGGAGAAGCAGAAGAAAGUGGAGGUGUACACUGAUGCUGAUGAGAUCCUGCAGGAGGAGAUCAACCAGUACAAGGCGAAGCUGCGUUGUCCGUGCUGCAACACCCGCGACAAGGAGACGGUGCUCACCAAGUGUUUCCACGUUUUCUGCUACGAGUGUCUGAAGACGCGCUACGACACCCGACAAAGGAAGUGCCCCAAGUGCAACUGUGCCUUCGGGGCCAACGACUUCCACCGCAUCUACAUCACCUAACUGCCGAGGAAAAGAAGAGAACAGGGAUAAGGGAGGGGAGGAAGAAAAUGAAAAAAAUGGAUGGAAGUGAGUGUGGUUGGAGAGCUUAGUUUUGUCUUUGCUUUCUCGAAGGACUUUCUUAUAUUGCGUCAUUGCCGGUUGGUGCUAGUGACCAAACAGAUAGUUGUGACUGAGUGAGAGUCUAAAAACCGAAGUGCACAUACCAAGGUAUUCAUACUUCUGGAUACUCUGUUUUUGUUUUUCUGUCACGUCUUUGUUUUUGGAUCAGGUCUUGCCCAUGUGGUAAUUAACUUUUAACUAGGUCUUUGUCGUGGCCCUGUAUGAUUUGUUUACACUACCGUUAAAAGUUGGGGGUCACUUAGAAAUGUCCUUGUUUUUGAAAGGCAAGCUCUUUUUUUUUUGUCCAUUUUUAAAAUAACUUCAAAUUGAUCAGAAAUAGUGUACAUAUUGUUAAUGUUGUAAAUUGCUAUUGUAGCUGGAAACAGCUGAUUUUAAAAAGAAUAAAAAAUGAUUAUGGAAUAUCUACAUAGGCGUACAGAGGCCCAUUACCAGCAACCCUCACUCCUGUGUUCCAAUGGCACGUUGUGUUAGUUAAUCCAAGUGUAUCAUUUUUAAAUGCUAAUUGGUCAUUAGAAAACCCUUUUGCAAUUAUGUUAGCACAGCUGAAAACUGUUGUUUUGCUUAAAGAAGCAAUAAAACUGGCCUUUAGACUAGUUGAGUAUCUGGAGCAUCAGCAUUUGUGGGUUCGAUUACAGGCUCAAACUGGCCAGAAACAAUUACCUUUCUUCUGAAACUCGUCAGUCUAUUCUUGUUCUGAGAAAUGAAGGCUAUUCCAUGCGAGAAAUUGCCAAGAAACUGAAGAUCUCGUACAACGCUGUGUACUACUCCCAUCACAGAACAUUGCAAACUGGCUCUAACCAGAAUAGAAAUGGGAGUGUGAGUCCCCGGUGCACAACUGAGCAAGAGGACAAAUACAUUAGUGUCUAGUUUGAGAAACAGAUGCCUCACAAGUCCUCAACUGGCAGCUUCAUUAAAUAGUACCCGCAAAACACCAGUCUCUAUGUCAACAGUGACAAGGCGACUCCGGAAUGCUGGCCUUCUAGGCAGAGUUGCAAAGAAAAAGCCAUAUCUCAGACUGGCCAAUAAAAAUAAAAUAUUAAGAUGGCAAAAGAACACAGACACUGGACAGAGAAACUGCCUAGAAGGUCAGCAUCCCGGAGUCGCCUCUUCACUGUUGAUGUUGAGACUGAUGUUUUGCUGGUACUAUUUAAAGAAGCUGCCAUUUGAGGACUUGUGAGGCGUCUGUUUCUCAAACUAGACACUAAUGCGUCCAGCUACAAUAGUCAUUUACAACAUUAACAAUGUCUUUACUGUAUUUCUGAGCAAUUUGAUGUUAUUUGAAUGGACAAAAAAUGUGAUUUUCCUUUUAAAAAAUCAAGUACAUUUCAAAGUGACCCCAAACUUUUGAACGGUAGUGUACAUGGACUUCCCCAGAAUCGUCCUUGACAAACACCUGUAUGUGCUUGUUUCCAGUAUUCUAAGAAAAGACCACUCUGAAGAACUGAGAUUCAAUCUCUAGUUGAGUUGUGUACAAAUGCGACUCAAUUCAGUAAAAAUGGACUUUCUUUCAUUAUCGUAACGAUCACGUUAUGUUCCUGUGCAGAGAUUUCACCAGAUAAUACUGCAGCGCUUUGACAUGAACAUUUGUUUUGCCACUUGUCCUUCAGACAAGUAGGACAGAUUUGUUUUUUUUGGUCAGAAAGCUCAAGUCACCAAAGAGUGAUACUUAAAAUUGUCGUAUGAUUCAAGGAACCACUUUACAAUAUAAAAAUGACCAUUGUUGCUACCGUAUAGAGAAUCAGACAAAUGUAGGCUACCCUCUGCAUUAUGGGCUUCUUUGCAUAUUCAAGCCUGUCUCAAAAUAGAACACUGCCCCUUUUAGAUGCACCUGGAGGAUGAUUGGCAACCCUUAAAUAGCCCUCAAAAAUAUUGCACAGUUACAAUUCCAACCGAAUACUUUUUGUCUUUAAUAAAUAAUUGACUCAUUUAAUGAAUUGGGAAUCAAAUGGCUACAGUAGGUUUCUUAAAAGAACGGUAACUAACAAAGACAUGUUUAUAACAUUGUAAGGCUGAAAUAUUCAGGUUUCAGUGGAGGUUUAUUGACCGCACUGUUCAACCAAUCCAAUAAAUGUGGAGGAAGAGUUACGAUGGAAUGUCACCUUGUUAACGUCCAAAAGCGCAAGUCACUUCCCAGGCUCUUUCCAUUUCACCUGAAACCCGAACAUCCGGCGGAGGCUACUAUGAAGCUAUUCUAAGAUUUUAACGUCAGAAUGACAUUGCCAAUGUUGAAUAGAGGGGGUAUACCAGCUUUCCAAUGGUGUUAGAUGUAUUCCUCAACUUCCAAUAAUAAAUACAUUUCAGAUAUGCUAUCCCCAAAAUAA